CGUACCAAUAACCCAUUAAUCACCCAUCCCCUUCGCAAGGAGAGAAGCUCAACGCGACAUCCACCAAAAAGGAAAAAGAAAAAGGAUUUUGUUCUUGGAGGGGACGGGAGUGCUCCAAUUUCAAAACCAAAUUCAUUUUUCGUUGCCUCUACCGCCUUCUUUUUCAUACUCGUGGAGGAAAAUUUGGCGGAUUCCCGAUUCCGCUCCAACUCCGGUCUUGCAGUUGCUGUUCCCUCUCCUACUAGCUGUUCGCGGUUAGGGUUAGGGUUUAAGUGUUCCGUCACGAUGUAUGCUGAUCGAGUGGAAGCUUCGGAGAAGAUGUCUGUGAAGGAGCGUCUCAAUGGCAAUUCCGUCGGUGACUCUUUCCGCCGGAGACAAGUAACUGGCAAAAGGCAAAGACAAGAUGACAAGUGGGAACAUGACCUCUUUAAUAAUGAUGAACCACACACUUCAAAUCGCCGAGUUGAUGCCCGAGAUCUUCGAGUAAAGCUCCAAAAGAAAAGCCAAGCACCUCAAACUGGAAGACAAGGCAUUCGUGAUUUGAGGGAGAAGCUGUCUGGGACAAUGAAUCCACAACCGAUGAAUUCUGAUCCACCAAAAUCAAAACAAGCCAGGAGAAGUGUUGCUGCUGAUGCUCAUGAACCCGAGAUUAAGAAAGUUUCCAGUGUCGCUACCAAAAAGAAGUCUCAGCAAAAGGCAUCUCUUACUUCUGUCUAAUGUUUUCCUCAUUCUUCGAUGUCUCAGCAUAGACCCUCUGGGUCUUCAAAGUUCUCUAAUAAAGCCAAACUGUAGUGUUAGAAUUUCUUUGUGGUUAUGACAUUUAAGGAAAACUAACUUCCAAAGGCUCCUCAUAACCAUAAGUUCAUAACUACUUGGCUCACACCACAAACAUUAAUCAGUGCAGAUUCUUAUUAUUGCAGAAAGAUACAUCAGUGGACAGCUUUUUGGAGUCAUUGGGUCUUGAAAAAUACCAAAUCACUUUUCAGGCUGAGGAAGUUGACAUGGCCGCUCUUGUACACAUGAAUGACGAUGAUCUUAAGGCUUUGGGCAUUCCAAUGGUAUGCACAAGCUAGACUCUUUCUCUUCAACAUACAUUUGAAUUCUGCAUGGAUGUUUUUACUAUUUGAUAAUAUUCUCCAGUUUUUCUGGGAUCAAGAAUAAACAGACCUUGCUUUCCUAUUAUAAGUUGUCAGGUAAGCAUAAAUUACAACUAGCCCUUCCAGGAGUUAGAAGUGGGUAGUUUUAACUCCAAAUCAAGAUGUCUAGUAUUGAAAGAAAGCCUAGAGGGAUGAUACUCAUGAUUAUAGAACUGUAUUUGGAAGUUGUAACAACAGUUUUUGUUUCAAGUCUCAAAGGUCUCCAUUUUGUUCUCAGGCUUCUUGUUUGUGCUCGACCAAACUUAAUUUUCCUCAUUAUCAUUUGUUGGGAUCGAUCAGUUGCACUAACAAGCCAUUCCAUGCAGAAGAAGAGUCCAUUUCCUGGUUAACUGGUUGUUUGUCUCUGUAAAUGACAGAGUACUCUUGAGGAGGCAGGAGGUUUUGAGAAAGCUGAUGCCUCUUUGGUUUACUUUG